AUGUCAACUGUCGACGAGAUUAAGGCACUUGGUAACAAGGCUUUCGCUGAAAAGAACUAUCCACGUGCUAUUGAGCUUUAUACAGAUGCUAUCGAUAUGGACCCAACAAAUUAUACCCUCUAUUCCAACAGAUCUGGUUCAUAUUGCGCUUCCCAGAAGUACCAGCAGGCUGCUGCUGAUGCCAGAAAGGUUAUCGAAAUCAAGCCAGACUGGCCACGUGGUCACACACGCCUUGGUGCAGCUCUUCAAGGACUUAAGGAUUGGGCUGGUGCUCGUGAUGCCUUCAAGAAGGCUCUUGAGCUUGACCCAGGAAAUGUUGGUGCUCAGGAAGACCUUGCUACAUGCGAAAACAUGCUUAAGCAAGAAGAAGCUGCCGGAAAUGAGUUCUUAUCAAGCCUUUCAAACAUGUUCAGACCAGAGAACAUUGAGAGUCUCAAGUACAAUCCAAAGACCGCUGCUUUCUUCAGUGAUCCAAACUUUGUCAAGAUAAUGGACGCCAUCAAGGCCGAUCCAAAGAGCUUGCAGAACUACAUGGGCGAUCAGCGCGUUAGUGUUUGCAUGCAGGUCCUCCUUGAGCCAUUCCUCAAGCAGUUCCAAGGAAAUCAAAAUGCUGGCGGCGCUGCACCAAAGGAUGAAGAUGACGAAGAGGAGCCAGUCAAGCCAGCACCAAAACCAGCUCCAAAGGCCGAAGAACCAAAGGCUGAGCAGGAGAAGAAGGUCAAUCAAGAAGCCGAAGCCGAGAAGGACGAAGGCAACAAGCUCUUCAAGGAGGGCAACAUUGAAGGCGCCAUCGAGCACUACAACAAGGCCAUAGAGAUCGAUCCAACAAAUGUUACUUUCUACAACAACAAGGCAACAGCUCUCACCAAGCUUAAGAAGUACCAGGAGGCUGUCGAUGUCGCAACACAAGGUAUCGAAACAGGCCGCCAACACCACGCAGAUUACGAAUCAAUCGCUAAAGCCUACACAAAGAUUGCUACAGCUGAAGCAGCUCGUAACAACCUCGAAGCCGCCAUCGCAGCUCUUAACUCUUCCCUCCUCGAGAAGAAGGAUCCAACAGUUAAGCGCGAAUUGACUCGCCUCGAGCAGUUAAAGGCCAAGCGCGAUGCUGCUGCUUACGAGAACCCAGAGAUUGCCGAGCAGGAGAAGGAAGCCGGCAACAAAUGCUUCAGAGAGGGUAAUAUUCCACAAGCCAUUCAGCAUUACAACGAAGCCAUCAAACGUGCACCACGCGAUGCCAGAUUAUACUCAAACAGAGCAGGCGCAUACUCAAAACUCGGUGAAAUGCCAAUGGCCAUCAAGGAUUGCGACAAAGCCAUCGAACUCGAUCCGAAAUUCGUCAAAGCAUACACAAGGAAGGGCUACUGCCACAUCCAGAUGAAGGAGUACCACAAGGCUCUCGAUGACUACAACGAGGCUUUGAGAAUCGAUCCAAACUGCGCAGAAGCCAUCGGAGGAAUCCAGUCAGUCAACGCCGCAAUCGCUAAGAACUCUUACUCUGCUCCAGAUGAGGAACAGAUCCGCCACGCCAUGGCUGACCCAGAGAUCCAGAGAAUCAUGCAGGACCCAACAAUCAACAACGUUCUCAGACAGAUGCAGGAGAACCCAAUGGCUGCUCAGAAGUACUUAGGAGAUCCACACAUCAGAGACGCUCUCAUGAAACUCCGUGCUGCAGGCAUUCUCCAUUAA